GAGAGAGAGAGACCCCCCCCCACACACACACACACACAGGCUUGGAGCUGCCACGGGGGGUGUUUUGCGUUCGCGUCGGUCUUCUCCAACCUCUUCACGCGCCGCCCAGAUCCAACUCUCCAUUUCCUCCUUCCCCAAACGCGCGAACCGCCGCCAAACCCUAAUUGCUCUCUCUCUCUCUUCUCUCUCUCUCAAUCCGCAGAGUCUGAGCUUGGGCUUGGGCUUGAGCUCGAGCUCGAGCUGAUUGCUCUCCCACGAUGAUCUCCAUUUCGCUCUGAUCAUCAUCAACAUCCUCGCCUCUCGCGGCUCCGAUUCUCUGCAUCCCUCCCCCCACCAGCCACCGAUCACUGACCCUAGCCCCCCCCCCCACCGAAAAUGGCCGCCUCCGCCGAUCCUCCCUCCAACCACCACUUCCCCCGUGGCUCCGACGCCGCCGCUGGUAGCCCCCGAUCGCGCCGCAAGAAUCUCCCCUCGCCUGCGUCGCAGGUCGUCCGCCUCGAGCAGGAGGCGCCGUCGCCGUCUCCUUCGCCGUCUCCUUCGCCGCCUCCCUCGUGGUCGUCGUCGGCGGCGGAGCAGGGACCAUGCUCCCCGCAGAAGCCGACCCUGCAGCCCGAGAGCAGCUCGGAGGACAGCCCCGAUGGGAGCAUGCGCAAUGUCGUCUCAGUCCAGCCGAAGAAGCCGGCAUGGAACAAGCUGUCGAGUGAGGCUGUCGACGCGGGUCGUGUGAUGGGAGACGCGGUGUCUUGGCCUGCUUUGUCUGAUUCGGCCAGGGCUUCUCCCAAAUCGUUGAGUAUAGACUCUUCGUCUUCCAAAGCUGCGUCUGUAGAGACGGUCUCCAUUUCGCAGGGGCCUCCGGUGCUGCAUUCACCACAGAAGCAAGCUGUCUCCAACAGUUUGAAUGCUAACUCAACGUCAAAUAAUUCACCGACGGCUCGUCAAAAAUUGAACAGGCGUAGUGGUGGUGCAAACAGCAACUUUCCAAAUGCAUUUGCGCAGGGUGGUUUUGCUCACCAUCCCGUACCACCACCUCCGCCUCCGCCAUUACCACCCUUUCCAGUAUUCCAAAUGGCUCCAAACCCUUAUGGAGCUUUUAUACCACCAAUUGCCAAUACGACUGUUAGAGAUCCCAACUACAAGGGCAAUCACUGGGACGGAAGACCAUUGAGAGGUUUUGUGUCUCCGCCACAUGUUAUGACCGAUCAUCGUAAUUCUUCUCGGAGGGGGAAUUCUGGGCCUCAUCAUCGUGGAGACAGUUCACCUCGUAACAUUAAUAGUAAUAGUACCAGGCGUGAUAAGGACCGUGGAAAUUUCUCAGGUGCUAGAGAUGUUAAUGUGCAGCAUCAUAGAGCAAAUCCUAGAGGCUUUGUGCGGUCUUCGCCUCCGCCACCUACCUCCCCUCCAUUUGUUGGUCCACCGCCUGUGAGACCACUUGUACCUAUGAAUUUUGCUGAUAUAACUCCGCAAUUCUAUGCUUUGCCUAUGGAGCCAUAUAGUGGUGGUCCAUUUUUUCCUCCACCAUCCACUCCAAUGUUUAUGGCUGUUUCAGACCCUUCUCUUCCUAGUCACAUUGUCCAUCAGAUAGAAUAUUAUUUCAGUGAUGAUAACUUGGUCAAGGACGAGUUUUUGAAAGCAAAAAUGGAUACUGAAGGAUGGGUUCCCAUCUCUUUAAUAGCAUCAUUUCCUCGAGUUAUGAGCCUCACUACCAGCAUCCAGUUUAUAUUAGAAUCCUUGAGAGGUUCGAUGGUCGUGGAAGUCCAGGACGAUAAAGUCAGGAGGCGGAAUGAAUGGGCUAAAUGGAUAUAUCGGGGCUCGCCGGCCUCCAGAUCAUCAAGUUACAAUGAACUUGCCAUUUCCUUCGAAAAGAUGGCAGCCGAGGAGGUCCCUGCUAACCAAAAUGAUACGACUGGUGAGGCAGACGGGCACCCAGACACUGUUUGAAGAUAUUCACCGAAGUCUACUGACCAAGUCCAGCAUCCCAACACCAUUGGUAUUGACUAUUGACCCCACCUGCUGAAGCAUAAAUCCAUUCUUCUGUGGAACCACGAAUUUGAAGUUUUCAUCCCCAGAAGAAGAAAGCGGGGUGAACUCAGUUUGGAAGUAUUUGGAUGUAAAGAUAAAGAGGCCGAUGCUGUAAAAGGUGGGCUAGCACCUGACUUGUUGGGUUUCUCUCGGUGAGGCUGAUAUUGGCUUUUAGUUGUUUCGAUGAUGGAGAUA